AUGGAUCAGAGCAUUAACAUCUCUCAGUGCGUCCACAGAAUGGAAGAACUCGAUCCACUUUGUAACUACAUAAAUAGCACGGAGGACUACCUUGCCUUUUUAUAUGGACCAAAGAGGAGCCACCUGUUCUUGCCCAUGACUUGGAUCUAUGCUUUGAUUUUCAUAGUUGGAGUAUCUGGCAACAUUUUAGUGUGCUUGGUGAUUCUUAAGCACAGGAAUAUGAAAACCCCCACAAACUACUAUCUCUUCAGCCUGGCUAUUUCAGACCUGCUGGUAUUGCUCUUUGGGAUGCCCUUGGAAAUCUAUGAAAUGUGGAGCAACUACCCCUUCUUGUUUGGACUGGUUGGCUGCUAUUUUAAGACUGGACUCUUUGAGACCGUGUGCUUCGCGUCCAUCCUGAAUGUCACCAUCCUGAGCAUAGAGAGAUACGUGGCCAUCCUCCAUCCCUUCCGAGCCAAGCUGAAAAGCACCCGGCGGCGUGCGCUGCGGAUCAUUGUUGCCCUGUGGGUCCUGUCUGUUCUCUUCGCUCUUCCCAACACCAGCAUCCAUGGCAUCGUGCUGCAGUAUUUUCCAAAUCACACCGAAGUCCCUGGCUCUGCUACAUGUGCUGUGGUCAAGCCCAUGUGGAUCUACAACUGCAUCAUCCAGUUGACUUCUUUGCUCUUCUAUAUACUUCCCAUGAGUGUCAUCAGUGUGCUGUACUGCCUGAUGGGGCUGAAACUGAGAGGAGACCGUUCCUUGGAAACAGAUGAAAUGGGGAUUAAUGUUAACAGAUCGUCCAGAAAGUCCAUUACUAAAAUGCUAUUCAUCCUAGUAAUAAUUUUUGGAAUAUGCUGGGCUCCAUUCCACACAGACAGACUAUUCUACAGCUUUGUCAUCAACUGGACAGAAUCCCUUGCCAAUACGUUCAACUUAAUCCAUGUGGUGUCAGGCGUCUUCUUCUAUCUGAGCUCUGUGGUCAAUCCCAUCAUCUACAACUUGCUGUCCAGGCGCUUCAGGAUAGCCUUCCUGAGCGUCAUCUUUCCCCAGUGCAAGUACUGGCACCCCCGGCACACCACCAUCCACCCCCCAUGCCAGCGCAGCAUUUUCAUCUUGGGGGAGCGCAACACGGAAGGCUUUGUGGAAGAGGGAACCCCCCCAUGUGUGCAUCAGUCAUCCAUCUGCAGUUCCCACCUGUCCAGCGGCUUGUGA